UCCACAGGUUGUAUCCCACAACACACACACACACACACACUAGUGGGGUAAUAAUAGGAACCGUACUAUGAGAAACUAGUGUGUGUAAUGUGUGAUGUGUAAUAACCAAAGCACAAGAAAUGGCAUCAUCUUUUACCUCGAGCCCCUACCUCACCACCCCUACCACCCCCCCUCCACCUUCACCCUCUUCCCUUCUACAGAAAAAAGUAGCCAGUAAUUUUUACUCAAUUUAAAUUUUUUAUUUAUUUAUCUCUCUGGCCAAAGGAGUAAAAGAAAGAGCUAAGAACAACUCAAAAUCACCAUUCUUUUUCUUCUUCAUUAUGUUGCAAAAGAAGAAAAGGGUAUAAACGUAACAAGGUAAGAAAUGUGCUGGUCUAUAAGCUAAACAAUCACCUGUAAUAACAUAAAGGUUGCACAUUUCUUCACUAAAUCUCCUAAAAAUCUCAGUAAAAAAAAGGUGAAUCCAAAAAAAAUUGUUUUUUGGCACAGCCCCACCACUUUUCCAGGACCACAUUUCUCAAAGACACCACCUUUUCUUUAGAGAGAGAGAGAGAGAACAACAUGGGUUGUGUUGCUUCAAGAUUAGAAGAAGAGGAAGAAGUAGUUUCCAUAUGCAGAGAAAGAAAGCGCCAGCUAAAACUAGCCGUUGAAAGAAGAUACGCCCUCGCAGAUGCUCACUACAGAUACUGUCAAUCACUCUACGGAGUUUCCGCCGCCAUCAACCUCUUCGUCGCCCGCCAUUCCUCGCCACCUUCGCCGUUCUACAUCACAUUCCCACCACCUUCUCCGGCGGCGGCGGCGCCGCCGUCUAAAGAAAACGUGGUUUCAAACCCUCUGUUUCUUCAGCAAACCCCAACCGAACCCACCAAGGAAUCCAUCCCCUGCGGUUCGUGCAGUUCCUCCACGUGUUCAGUCUCUUCGGAGGAGGAAGAAGAGUGUGAAGAAGAGAAGAGAGAGAAGCAAGAAGAACAAGUUUGCGGGUAUUUUUACAUGAAUACCCCUCCUCAUGUAAUGGCUGCUCCUUCACCGCAGAGGGAUUUUGGGUGGGAUUUCUUCAACCCUUUUAACAAUGUAACCCGGCCCGAAAUCCAAAGCGUUUAUCACAACAGAAUUUCUGAGGAGGAAUUGAGGGCUGUGAGAGAACAAGAAGGAAUACCAGACCUUGAAGAUGAAAGAAUGGUGGUGAGAGAGAGAAAGGUUGUUGUGGAGAGAGAAAGGGUUCAUGCAGAGAAGGAGACGGUGGAGAAUGCUAAUGUGGGCCGGGCGGCGGCGGUGGAGAAUGCUAACGUGCACCGUGCGAUGCAGCCACAGCAGAAAGGGCUUACGGUUAUCGACACACCGGUGAGAGGGAGAGAGCUUUUGGAGGCUUUAAAAGACAUUGAAGAUCACUUCAUAAGGGCUUAUGAUUCCGGCAAAGAUGUUUCGAGGAUGCUCGAGUGCAAUAGGGUGCAUUUGCAAUCUAAUCUUGAUGAAAUUAAAGAAAACUCGACAAAAUUGAUUCAAGCGAUCACAUGGCGUUCCGCUUCUUCACGUUCGUCGACGUGUAAGAGUUUAGUGGCGUCGAAUUCGAAAAGCUCUUCGACAUGGACGGAGUUUAGUAAUGAUUUGUUCGAUGAUUAUGGAGGAAUGUCUUCUGGUAGCCAUUCUCUUACCUUAGGAAGGCUCUAUGCCUGGGAAAAGAAACUCUACGAAGAAGUCAAGGAUGGAGAUAGCAUACGAAGAAUUUACGAAAGGAAAUGCAAUCAACUUAGAAAUCAAGAUGCAAGAGGAGACGAAGGGCUUACAGUUGACAAAAGCAGAUCAUCGGUGAAAGAUUUGUACAGCAGAAUACUUGUUGCGAUUCGUAGUGCUGAAACAAUUUCAAACAGAAUCGAAAAACUCAGAGACGAAGAACUCGAGCCACAAAUAAAGGAAUUACUUCAAGGUAUGACAAGAACCUGGAAAGUUAUGUUGGAAUCACACGAAAUCCAGAACAAGAUUAUAUUUGAAGUGAAAACAUUUACCUGUCCUUCGUACGGAAAAUUCUGCAACGAAUCACAUCGGCUUGCUACUCUUCAGCUGGAAAUCGAGCUUUUGAAUUGGCGUUCGUGUUUCACGGAGUAUGUGUCUGCACAGAAGGGCUACAUCGAAGCCAUAUAUGGAUGGCUAUCGAAAUUUAUUGCACCCGAAACUGAAUUUCACUCCAGGAAAAGAAAUACUUCCUCUGCUCCUCUACAAUUUCGAUCCAACGGUCCUCCACUUCUCAUAGCAUGUCACGAUUGGUUGGAUUCGAUGAACAAGUUGCCUGAUAAGGCUGUUUCUUUCGCGAUAAAAAGCUGUGCAAAGGAUGUUAGAGCUUUGUGGGUCCAGCAAGGACACGAGCAACAACAAAAGAGGAAAGUUGAUGGAUUGUCCAAAGAAUUGGAUAAAAAGAUUUCGGCUUUCCAAAAAACAGAGAACAGGAUUGAGUUUAGUAAAAACACGGAAAUUGAAAUGGAGGGUCGUUCGGAAUCUUUGGUGGAGAGCAGUAAGGAUAUUUUGGAUAGUUUUCGUAGAAGGGUUGAUCUGGAGAAGGAGAAACAUCUCAACUUCAUGCAAGAAACAGAGAAGAUAACAUUAAACGGUUUUCAGACAGGGUUUUGUCGGGUUUUUGAGUCGAUGACAGAAUUCUCCAGGGCUGUUUUAAGAAUGUAUAAUGACUUGAGCAACAUUGAGAAUCCCGAGAAAGUAGGGAAACCUACCUGUAUAGAGGAUUCUCAAGAUGAAACUGGUAGCAGAUGACACUAUUUAAAAAAAAAAAAGAUGCUUGUCUAGAUUCUUAAUGUUGUAACUUAGAUUUUCGUCGAAGCAGCUCGCUGAGACAUUUGUUUGUUCGAUCACUCGAUGAAUUGCGUGAUAUUUU